UAAAAAAAAAAAAAAAGACAGAGAAAAUUAGCAUGAAUCCUGUGGUGUGGAAUUGGGCACAUAGGUAUGAACUCAUGGUUUUCGACAGAUGCUGCUCUCUAGCUGUGGGUGGAUGGGCGUAGCAGUGACUGUGGGGGUGAAUAUUGUGUGUGGGUGUGUGUACCUUUGUCUGCUCUCCAGGUCCCCGCUGAGCCUGCGAGCAGCGACACCCCAAGAGGCCGGAGCAUGCCCAGCACAUAGAGGGGCUUCUGAAUCCCAUUCUCCACCCAAAGCAACUAGGGCUUCUUGAGUAAAGGCUGAUCUCAGGGUCACCUGGGGAGAGUACAAAGUGAGCCCAGAACAUUUUGUGUCACAAAGCAGGGAAAUGCUCUGAGAUUGAUGGGCUGCCGUUGGCCAAACUGGAGACCACUUGAACAUCAAAAAUAAGUAACAGAGUGGGGCUCACUGAAUAAAGUAAGAACCACAAGCCCAUGGGAAUGAAUAAACGGGAAGCUUAGGGGGAAGGGGGAAACCAGCAGGGACCCCCGAGGGCUGGAGCUCAGAGCAUCAGGAAGGGACCAAGGAAACCCAGCCUCUGCGGGGCUGUGGGACAUUCUUGUCACGAGGGGAGGGGACAUCAGUCAAAUGGGGACACAGAUGUGCUACAAGACGCCUGGCCUGUGGCCUUGCAUGUGUCACGGGCACGAGAGCCAAGGAAAGGCUGAAGAAUCUUCCAGGCUAAGGAGGCUGAAGAACCACGCGGAGGGGCUGUGAGCAUGGCUGGCGGCCUGCUUGCAGAGGUCGCCCGGCUGCUCCAUAGGGGACACCCUUGGGCGUGGGGAGCACACGUGGGGUGUUCUGGGGUGGGGCGCGGGGAGUCAGGUUGGCAGCUUCCCCGCAGGUGAUUCGGGAAGAAAAGAGUCCUUCACCCCGUACUCCCGCUUUUCCAUAACUGUGGCUGUUUCCAAAUGAGAAGGGCAACUUUUUAGUGCCUUGCUAAGAGAAAAAUUCCCACCAAGGAUGUGUUUCCCUUCCAGGCGGGGCACAGGAUGUGGAGCAGAAACACACAUGAUGGGCUUCUAAGGAAAAAGCAAAUUCUGUUUUUUCUCCUGCUGUGUUACACACAUGGUGGCUUUAUAAUGAUAUUUUAAACAUUACAUAUACAUUUAUAUUCCUACCUGCAUAUACAUUUCAUACUUAGAAAUGGGAGGAAAGCCUACCUGGUUUCCUUUUAUGGGGCACACGUGUGCCCACACAGGGGCAUCUGAGAGUGGGUGGGUAUGAGGCGCUCACAGCAAAGGGAGAAGGGGCUGCCACCCCCCUGGAGGGCCAGGUCCCAGACUGCCUCCCGUCUGCCCUUGGCGCCUGCAGGAUGUGUAGCUGUUACGGGCUGUUGAAUGAACAGGUGACGGUGUGAGCGACUCCUAGUUAAGGAGAAGUAGCUCACAUUCAGUCAGCACGCACACGGGCAGCCUGUUCAUGGGGAUUAACUGGCCCUGUCCUCCCAGCCCUGUCCCUUUGACGGCCACACAGAGUGGGGCCGCACAUGGAAGGGUGCCCCCUGGCUCACACGGGACGAGGGGCAAAGGGGGCAUAACCACCACACUCCAUUCUCAGUAUUCUCACCGCCUUCCAGUUAGACUAGUUUUAAAUGGCACAAACUAACCCAUUAACAUUUGAGUAACUGGGUGUUUUAAGAAAUUUUUAUUGGAGGCUCAGAUUUUCUUGUUAAUGUUUUCAUCGAUCAGAUAUUUGAAAAGCCACAGAAGAGCAUAUCCAGUGAUAGAGGAAUUUAACGGUUUUAAGUUCUCUUUACACACAUCUUGCGCCCAAGUGACACAGAGGCCGACGAGGGCAGGUGAGCCUUGCUGGCUCGGAGCUGAAAGUGGGAGCCAUGGUGCCUUCAAGGCUUCUCUCAGUAGGACCGUGGAUGGUGCUGGGGGUCGUGGGGCGCCGGACUCGGGUCCGCCUGUGGCCCGCUCCUCCCAGGCUGCUCUCAGCCAGCUGUGCGGACCGCGCCAAGCACCAGGAACCCCCCAGGAAGGAAUUGCUCUCCGAGAAAAAACUGAAGAGACAUUUUGUGGACCAUCGCCGAGUGCUCGUCCGCGGGGGCCGUGGAGGCGACGGGGUGAGCUGCUUCCACAGUGAGCCCCGGAAGGAGUUCGGAGGCCCAGACGGUGGUGACGGAGGCACCGGUGGCCACGUCGUCCUGAGAGCUGACCAGCAAGUCAAGUCGCUGUCCUCGGUGCUGUCGCGGUACCAGGGUUCCCACGGAGAGGCCGGCGGCAGGAAGAACUGCUCCGGGCGCGGUGGCGCCCUCCUCUACAUCCGGGUUCCCGUGGGCACAUUAGUGAAGGAGGGAAGGGAAGUCGUGGCUGACCUAUCGUGCCCGGGCAGUGAGUACAUCGCUGCUCUGGGCGGGGCAGGAGGAAAAGGUAACCGCUUUUUCCUGGCCAAUGAUAACCGUGCACCCGUGACUUGCACCCCCGGACAGCCCGGUCAGGAACGCAUCCUCUUCCUGGAGCUCAAGACGGUGGCCCACGCUGGGAUGGUUGGGUUCCCCAAUGCAGGGAAGUCCUCGCUUCUCCGGGCCAUUUCGAACGCGAGACCUGCUGUGGCUUCCUACCCGUUCACCACCUUAAAGCCCCACGUGGGGAUUGUUCACUGUGAGGACCACCAGCAAAUAGCAGUGGCCGACAUCCCAGGCAUCAUCCGGGGUGCGCACCAGAACCGGGGCCUGGGGAGCACCUUCCUCAGGCACAUCGAACGCUGCCGUUUCCUCUUGUUCGUCGUGGAUCUUUCGGAGCCGGAACCGUGGACUCAGGUGGAGGACCUGAAGUUCGAGCUGGAGAAGUACGAAGCCGGCCUGUCCGAGCGACCCCAUUUGGUCGUGGCGAAUAAGAUCGACCUCCCUCAGGCCAGAGCCGCUCUGCCCCAGCUGCGGGCCCACCUGGGCCGGAGCGUCGUCGCCCUGUCGGCCACAACCCGGGAGAACUUGGAGGAGCUGCUGCUGCGCCUGCAGGAGCUCCACGGCCGGCACGUGGCCCCUGAGCUCAGGUGGUAGCGGCCAGGCUGCCCCCCGAGGAUGACCGACUCGGAACGUCACCGGCUCUGGGCGGAGAUGAGAAAGUAGCCUGAAAGAAUUGGCGGUGUUGCUGCUUUGCCUUCUGCCGUCCCUGGAGCUCACCCCCCAGCACCCGGGCCAGGACCUCGGGCCAGGACCUUGGACGUGCGUGCCUCUUGGCGGUCUGCUCCCCAGGGCCUCCCGCACCCGCGAGUGUACUAACAGGCUGAGCUGGGCUCCCCACCCUUCAUUAGCGCUCCUGAUGGGCAAGGACCCCACAGCCAUCAGAUGCGGCUGAGCCACCCGACUUGGGUGAGCCAAAUCCGAACCUGCACAUGGGACCUCAAGCAGGAGGCAUAGACUCAGGAUCCCUGACACUGUCACCUCCAGAGCUAGCCAUGGUCCCGUCCUACGGAGGGGACAUGAGGGUGUGGGGACAGGUAGCGUUCACAGCCACAAGGCUCUUCUCAAAUGCCCCCGUCGGAGAAAUGCAGUAGGGGCGACGCCUCCCCUGUUGUUUGCUUCACGACUGAAUGCACCCAAUAUCCGACCCGGGGCCGCGCACUUUCUGACUCCCAGCAGCUGCGGCUUAUUAACUGAGGGCACAGACUUGUGCCCCCACAUAAAGUCUGAGGCUUCGGACAUGUCCCCAGGGGCCCUUAAGGGAUGAAGUGGUUGGGGACCAGGGGUGAUCAGGGGAAGGGGCCCUGGGCCCUUUGUGGAUUCGCCCUGGGGCCCUAGCCGCUGGCUGCCGGGGUGCUGGGGGCUGGGCCUGCCUCAGACAAUAAGCUUGAGCCUGAGCUUUCGGGAGCAAUUCUGUUUUGAUCUACCGUCAAAUCUGCAACUAGAACAAGAGUCCUUUGCCUGAAGCUUUA